AUGGAUGAAUCGGUGGAUCCUGUGGAGCUGCUUCUACGACUACUGAUACGGCACAAACCUCAUCUGAAACCAUAUGCCUACAGACAAGAUAGCUGGCAAAGGGUGCUCGAUGAGUACAACAGACAGACUGGGUCAAGAUAUAGACAAUCAAGGACGUUAAAAACCAAAUUUCGUCGACUGAAGGACCUCUUCAGCGCAGAUCGAGCCCAAUUCUCUCCUUCCCAGUUGAAGCUGAUGGGAGCACUCUUGGACGAAGCACCAGAACAUCCAAGACCAAGAACUAAAUUCGGAAAUGAAUCAUCUUCAUCCUUAUCAUCAUCUUCUUUCAUUAAAAGUCAUCCGGGGCCUGAUCCGUUUCAACAAUUAUCAUCCGCUGAACAUCCGAAUAACCACAGCUCCGACGAUGAGCAUUCAGGCUCACAACCGCUGCCCCUGGAUUCAAUAACGAUUGGAAUUCCGCCUACUCUUCACACAAUCCCCAUGAUUCUGUCUAAGGAUAACGACGUCGGGAAAGUCAUCAAAAGCCCUAAGAUAAACAAGGGUACAAAUAGGUUCAGCGAGACAGUACUGCCUCCACAAAUGGCUGCUGAGCAAUCGUGGUCGGACUCUAAUAUGGAAUUGGAAAUAUGUCUAGAUUAUCUUCACAACGAACUCGAGGUGAUAAAGAAAAGGCAAGAAGAUUUUGAGUGUAAAGUUUUAAACAAGCUCAACAUAAUUGAGGCUCUCCUUUCACAGAUGAGACCACCCAGCCAAGGAGAUAAAAUAUAA